CGGGCGGGGGCCGGAGGGCCGGGGCCGCGCCGCCGCCUAGUCCUCGUCGUCCUCGCUGCCCUGGCCCGACACCAUGCCACGAGAAGAGUGAUCAAUCUCUUCCCUUGUUUUCAUGAUGGAAGACUCGGGAAAGACCUUCAGCUCUGAGGAGGAAGAAGCUAACUACUGGAAAGAUCUGGCAAUGACCUACAAGCAGAGGGCAGAGAAUACGCAAGAGGAACUCCGAGAAUUCCAGGAGGGAAGCCGAGAAUAUGAAGCUGAAUUGGAGACGCAGCUGCAACAAAUCGAAACCAGGAACAGAGACCUCCUGUCGGAAAAUAACCGCCUUCGCAUGGAGCUGGAAACUAUCAAGGAGAAGUUGGAAAUGCAGCAUUCCGAAGGCUACCGGCAGAUCUCAGCCUUGGAGGAUGAUCUUGCACAGACCAAAGCCAUCAAAGACCAAUUGCAAAAAUACAUCAGAGAGCUGGAGCAAGCCAAUGACGACUUGGAAAGAGCCAAGCGAGCCACGAUCAUGUCUCUGGAAGACUUUGAGCAGCGCUUGAAUCAAGCCAUUGAAAGAAAUGCCUUCCUGGAAAGUGAACUUGAUGAGAAGGAGAAUCUCCUUGAAUCUGUUCAGAGACUGAAGGAUGAAGCCAGAGAUUUGCGCCAGGAAUUGGCCGUACAACAGAAGCAGGAGAAACCCAGGACGCCCUUGCCCAGCUCAGUGGAAGCUGAAAGAACAGACAUAGCUGUGCAGGCCACUGGCUCCAUACCGUCCACUCCCAUCACUCAUCGAGCACCCAGCUCCAGUUUAAACACACCAGGGACCUUCAGACGUGGCCUGGACGACUCCAUGGGAGGGACCCCCCUCACACCUGCAGCUCGGAUAUCAGCCCUCAACAUUGUGGGAGACCUGCUGCGGAAAGUAGGGGCACUGGAGUCCAAGCUUGCAUCCUGCCGGAACUUCGUGUAUGAUCAGUCCCCAAACCGAACAGGUGGCCCAGCCUCAGGGCGGGGGAACAAGAACAGGGACAGCGGUGACAGACGGCCAAACAACACCAGCGUGCCUUUGGGGGACAAAGGGAGAGAAAAUUGAGACAUUGUGAGGUCCUCCUGCUCCCGACUCUUUGAUAUUCACCCUUAUAACUUUGUGGGCCCAGAUUUGUCACAGCUGUCAUGUCAGCUUAAUUUGGUUUGCUCUGUCUGAAGGUUGGGAAAACGCCUGGAAUUUGGGAAGCUGCCUUCACACACAUCCUCACCAUCGCUGCCGUCAGCCCAGGGUGUAGUCAAGAUGUUGCUUUAGGAAAACCGCGGAAGCUGAAGCCCCUGGUGUUUGUGUAGGAGUUCUUACCUUCCUUCGCCUCUUUAUAUAACCAAGUUGUUUUUUUUUUUUUAAGUUAGUUUGAGAUGUAAGAGCCAGCAGUCACCAUAGUUCGCUUUGUGGCCCAAGCUAAUGACUGAGGCCGUCAUCAGCUGUGGCCCCUGGGGUUUGUUUGCCCCUGUGAGAUGUGUCAUCAUUCCCGGCCUCACUGUUGGUGUGCUCAUUGCUAAGAGGGCCAGACAGGGCCCUCUAGGAGGGGCUCUCAGGGAUGGGUGGCGAGGCAGCCCCCUCAUGCUGAGCUAACCCAGGAGUCCUGAACAGUCUCCAGAGGUGUUUUCAAUGUCCUGCCUCAGAGGCUCCCACCCCCAUCCCCAGUCAGCUGGAAUCAUCUUCCAGAACAAAAUCUCCCGAUGCUUUAUGGCUUACCAAAAUCAUGUCUAGGAGUGGAGAACAGAAUGGGCACGUGCCUUUUUUUAAAUUGUGGGAGUGUACCUCUGAGUCUUUUUAAUUUACCUCUCUUUGAGGUUUUUAGAGGUAUUCGAAUUUCACAGUAAUUUUCAGGUCAGCCAGGGGCUGUGGGAAAUCUCCGUCCCCUUUAGGUAAACCCUAACCAUUAGUUUCCCCAAGUCCUCUGCCCUGGCGUGGGGAUGACUUCUGCUCCUGGACCCUGGAGGUCUUUAGGGUAGAGUCGCUUUGGUAAUGCAGUCCCUAAUAGCAGGACUUCAUUCAAAGCCAUAAUGAAGCAAGCAGGUGACCUUCAAGUGAGAUUAAAACACAAGCUUUUUGUUGGAAGCUUUCACGUCAAACCAACACGGGAUUUCAAAAGCUCAAAAGCACUGCAGCGUGUCAAUGUGUCUGCUCAUCACUCCUUGUCAGGAGCUGCCGUCCCACACUUUCAGAUGCAAGUAAAAGCACUCACUCAUUUCAGGAGCACGUGGAAGGCUUAAUGGCCUUCGUUUUGUUAUUACUAAAUUAUUUUCUGAGAGAACAGCAAAAAUUCCCUGUAGUUGGGAAACAGAACUUUUCACGUGCUACUGAAAGUCAGCAGAGAAGUGAGCUGCAGCGGUGGGUUCUGUGCCCUAGACACAUUCUAACCCGUCUUGGUAAAAGAUGUACUUAUAUUUUUUUAAAAGAACAAUAAAAUCAAGAGAAACAAAUGUUUAACGUC